AUGAAUCAUGGCAACACUUCCGAUCACCCGCAAGCAUCAACCACAACCACAACAACCUCGGCUGCAGUGAACAUCCCGAGGACGUCUAUGAACGAAAAUGUAUCAUCACCAGUGGGUGGAGAUUGCUCUCCCACAUUGUUGAGUAAAUAUGUUUUAGAAAUGGAAGAAAAAGUAGAACGACUUUUUCAACAAUUAGAAGACUAUAAAAACAUCAUCGGAAUUGAUUUGGAGGAAGAACAUUUUGAUUUAUCUAAAUUAAUUAGCUAUAUAAAACUUGAAGCAGGAUGUAGUGCAACAAAACCACCGUCAUCACUAAGAACACCACAACAAACAAGAGAAGUGGGUGAGCUUACCCGAUCUGGAUCUUUUUCAAACGAUAAAAAUUUGUAUUCUAAAUCUCCUGUAAAAACUCCCACCAUUCCUGAUAAUCUACAAAAAACAGGACCUAAGACAACGAUUCAAUUAAUGAAAAAUCUCAAAGAUCAAUUCAAUGCACAAAUUAAGAAAACCAUCACAAAACAACCUGACAAAAAGAUCAUACGAAGAUAUUUAUUUCAUAGAGACGCAAUAUUUGACAUUAAGAUGUCUCCUAUUUGUAGCAUCGAUACAUCGACACCACUUUUUGCCACAGCAUCAGCAGACACAACGUGCUGUUUAUGGGGCAGCAAUUUGUCACAUUUAAAUCCAUUACUCGUAUAUAAGGGUCACACUGGAGCUGUCAACAAAUUAAAGUUCCAUCCAACUGCCCAAAUAAUUUGUUCUGUUUCAGGAGAUCAAUCGAUACACCUUUGGAAAUAUGCAGAGACGUUAAAACAAAACGAAGCAGUAUCAUUAAACAAGACAGACAGUCGCAGUAGCCAGAUGGUGGGAGAAAAUGAUGACGAUGAUUUUUCGAAUGGCAGAUUUAAGGCCUAUCUUAAACAUGUUAAACUCCCAUCGGUGGACAAUCUUCACAAGAGUGGAGAGUUUAACGACGAGUCCAAUGAAAGAACUCAACAUAACGAUCUUUUUACACAAGAUUUACUAGACAGCCACAUUGAUUUCAAAGCCUAUCAAAACGAAGGAGUCAACACAGAUAGCGAAAACGAUGACAGUCUAAACGAACUUCAGAAAUUUUACAUCACCGAAGAGGGUGUGCAAGGCAUGAUAAGAAACAGACCAACCUAUUUGCGAAACCCACAUGUUAAAAACUCUGAUUCACACAAAGGAAUAAUAUCUAGUUGUGAUUGGACAAAUCAUAACAAGGGAGAACAAAUUGUCACAUCGUGUUGGGACGGAAAUUUAAGAAUUUUUAAUUUGGAGCUAAGAGAAAUUCAGAAAAUUGCCUCUCCAAGCGAAACAGCUUACUUGAACGACGUUGCUUGUGCUUAUCAGUCCUCUCUUAUUGCUAGUGCUUCCUCAGACGGAAAUGUAUUUUUAUGGGAUUCACAUUCUGAUUCCAAAUCUCCCAUUUCUGCAUUGAAAUCUCAUGCUGACCCUGUUAAUUGUGUAGCUUUACUCCAAGUGAUAGCUGGUGGGGUUAACAGUGUGUCUAUAUCAGAAUACCAUCAACGAAUGUUAGUUUCAUUGGAUAAGAGAGUGGCAAAAAUUUAUGAUCUCAGUGGUCAUUUGCAUUCAAGCCUACACGGACAUGAUUUGAUGGUAACAUCGGCGUGUUGGUCCUUCGACGGAUCCACAUGCUUUACUGCUGGGAUUGAUCGACAAAUAAUUCAACACGAAGUGCAGAGCUCAUCUGUAGGAGCAGAAGCCAAAGGAGCCACUGUUAACAAUGAAGAAUAA